UUUGCACACCUCCUUUCUCCUUUGACCAUAUUUGCCUAGCUUACUGCUUCUCCAUUUUCUCUCCAUCUUUCUUCUUCUUCUUACACACUACCUUAAUCUUUUUAUAUUUUCAACCCAUCAAAGUUAAGCUCUAGUAGUUGCCUUCAACAUUACAUACAUCAAGAGAAAAAAAUACAAGUAGAUUGAAACUAAAGCAUAUUACACAGUGUGUGUGUGUCAUUCUUUUUUUUUUUUUUUUCAUUUUCACAGUGUGUAUAGUUUUUGUUAACUGGGGUUUUAUCAAGAUUCAUUUUUUUUCCAUUUUCACAUUGUGUGUGACUUGUGAGUGUGUGUGUUUUAUUGUUGUUAACUGUGGUAUAUCAAGAUUCAAUUUUUAUCCCUUUCACAUAGUGUGUAAGUGUGUGUGUGUUUUGUCAAGUGGGGUUAAUCAAGAUUCAAUUUUUGCCCUUUUUUACAGUGUGUGUGUUUUGUCAACUGGAGUUUAUCAAGAUUAAAUCUUUUUUCAUUUCCACAGUGUGUGUGUGUUUUGUUAAGUGGGGUUAAUCAAGAUUCAAUUUUUGCCCAUUUUUACAGUGUGUGUUUUGUCAACUGGAGUUUAUCAAGAUUAAGUCUUUUUUCAUUUCCACAGUGUGUGUGUGUUUUGUUAAGUGGGGUUAAUCAAGAUUCAAUUUUUUCCCAUUUUCACAUAGUGUGUGUGCUGUCAAGUGAGGUUAAUCAAAAUUCAAUUUUUGCCCCAUUUUCAUAGUGUGUGUGUGUAUGUGUGUUUUGUCAAGUGGGGUAUAUCAAGAUUCAAUUUAUUUUCCAUUUUAGCUGUGAAAAUGGUAAUGGAAGGUAUUCAAGAAGAUAUAGGUGAUGGAAAUAUGCAAUGUGUGAAUCAUCCUUAUAAAAACAGUUCUCCAGGUGGGAUCUGUGCAUUUUGUCUUCAAGAAAAACUUGGAAAAUUAGUUUCUUCCUCUUUCUCUUCAUCUGUUUUCCCUUCAAGUACUCCUUCACUUAGAUCUGAUAAUUUUGUGGCUACAACUUCAACCCUACAAGUCCCAACAAAUAACAAAAAUACCACCACUGAUUGUAUUAACUAUCAUCCUUAUGAUAACAACAAUAUGAGGAAAUCAAGAAUGCAAUUUAUGUUGACACAACAAAAAAAGAAGAGUAAUGGUAAUGUUAAUGGUAGUGUUAAUAUGGCAAGUUCUGGUUCAGAUUCUGGUAUUGUUUUUAAGAGAAGUAAGUCUACUACAACUCCAAGAAAUCAUUUGCAUUACUUGGAAGCUAAUGAAAGUGAAGAUUAUGGUCCUCAUAGAAAAGGGUUCUGGUCAUUUCUUCAUUACUCAUCAUCCUCAAAGCAUUAUUCUUCAACAGGAUCAUCUAUGAAUGGUUCUACAAGAUCAAGGGAGAAGAAGAAAGAAGAGAUUGUUGUAGUAGAGGGGGAGAAUGAAAGUCCUAAUGAGUCUUCAUUUAACAAUAAAGUUGCAAGAUCAAGAUCUGUUGGCUGUGGAAGUAGGAGUUUUUCAGGUGACUUAUUUGAAAAAAUCUCCACAGGUUUUGGAGAUUGCACACUAAGAAGAAUUGAGUCACAAAGAGAAAACAAGCCAAGAUUUUCAUCUGUUCAUCACAAAGAAAGAGUCAACUGUGGAGGCAUAUUAUCUUAUUUAGUUUCUUCUGAAGUAAAUAUGAAUGGAAAAUCCCAUCACAUUUCUAAUGGAAGGAGUAAGAACUGGGGAUGGGCAUUAGCAAGUCCAAUGAGAGCUUUUAGUAAAACAUCAUCAUCAUCGUCAAGUGAGAAAAAAGAAGACUCAAAUAACAAGAAUUCCACCCCAAACUUGGAUGGAAUUCCUUCUUUGUUGACUGUGUGAAGCUAAGCGAGAAUUCUUUAAUUUGAUUUUUAUUAAGUGAAAGGCGCUAACGUUUUGAAAAGAUGAAGAUCUGGGCUAUCGAUCCAGAAAGACGAGAUAGAAUUGUUAUUGAGUAUUCAAAGCGUUGAAAAUGAAGUCCUAAGAUUGAUUUGAUGCCUCCAUAGCUGCUACUGAUACUAUUACACAAAUUUGCAUUAUUUCUUGUGUAGAAACUAUGUUUAUUUAUCAGGUUUUAUCAACUAAUUUCUCUGUUUCAUCACUGUUUAUUAGAGUUCUCCUUUUUUGGUCCUAUUGUAAGGUUGAUGUUGAUUUCUGAUGAUUUUGUGGAUAAUUAUCACUUUUGUAUGACAAUGUAGAAUGAUGAUGAUGA